AUCGCAAAUGUUUAUUGGUAACCUUGGAGCUUCUGUUCAUAUUCAUGAGUCCGACGGUUGUUAAGGGUGACCGAACCGCUGAGUUUUCGACAUAUAGCUAACAAACAUUUUGGGGACUGUUGUUGAAGUAAUUUGAAUAUGAACCCAUUUCCAAAGUUAUUAGAAGAGGGUCUCAUUAACACGAAACAUGUAGAGGGUGCAGUGAUACUUGUGGCUAAAACAGGCGACCUAACGGCUGCGUCCAAUUUUACAGUCUGUCCAGAACAAACACAGAUGUUGAUAGACUCGUUCAAACACUUGGAUGUAACGAGGCAGAGAGGACUCCAUUUCAGGAACAAGUUAUACACCUGCGUGCGUGCUGACAAACACUCAAUAUAUACAAAAUGUGAAGGACAUGGCCUGAUAUUGGUGAGAACUGCACUGUAUGUGAUUGUUGCUACAUACUCACAGAGCAUGUAUCCAAGUAUCUGUGUGGAAGCAGUUGAGAAACUAGCCGGGUAUCUGAGUGAAAAGGGAAAAUGAAGCUCAUCGUAUCAGAUCUGAAGAGGUGAAGAAGCUGUUCAGUGUGAUUGUAGUAGUACUGACGAGAAACUAUAAACUGUACUCAAUCCGUUAGCUACAGGAACACAAAGGUAGGUUUUAG